CAACCCCACCCUACUCAUAUCCCUUAAGGCAGAGCUCCCAGGAAAAGACUCAAGUACAGCUGAGUGGGCAGAGAAAAUCCUCACAGUGAACUUGGCCUCUAGGAACCAGCCACUGGUAGGUGUCGUGGCCGUUCAUGAGCAUCUGACCACACAAAAAGAAGAACUCUGAUCUCUUCCUGUCAUUCUGAAAGACUGAAACCGGAGUCAAUUCUCCAACUUCACACGGGAAGCUGAGGACUUCCUACUCGGUCAAGACCUUGAACCUUGAAUUCAUAAAACUCUCGAGAGCCCCAGACACAAGGACUUCGUGGACAAAAUCCCUGGGACCCAGAAGCCCACUGCCUUUAAUAGCAAAGUAAAUACAGAAACCGUUUUCCUUGGGCCCAUAGGAGAAGUCAAGAUGGAGGUUUCGACCACCACAGAGGCGUAUGACGUGACCACAGAAUACGACUAUGGGGACACAACCCCGUGCCAGAAGGACAGUGAGAGGGCCUUCGGGGCCCAGGUGCUGCCCCCUCUGUACUCCCUGGUAUUUAUCAUUGGCGUGGUCGGUAACAUCCUGGUGGUCCUGGUCCUCAUGCAGUACAAGAGGCUCAAAAGCAUGACCAGCAUCUACCUCCUCAACCUGGCCCUCUCCGACCUGCUCUUCCUCUUCACGCUGCCCUUCUGGAUUAACUACAAGUUGAAGGAUGACUGGGUUUUUGGCGAUGGCAUGUGUAAGCUCCUUUCUGGGUUUUAUUACAUCGGCUUGUACAGUGAGAUCUUUUUCAUCAUCCUGCUGACCAUCGACAGGUACCUGGCCAUCGUCCAUGCUGUGUCUGCCUUGCGGGCUCGGACUGUCACCUUUGGUGUCAUCACCAGCAUCUUCACCUGGGCCCUGGCCAUCUUGGCUUCUGUCCCAGGCAUGUACUUUUCUAAGACCCAGCGCGAGAUCAAUCAUCACACCUGCAGCCUUCAUUUCCCUCACGAAAGCCUAAGAAAGUGGAAAUUAUUUCAGGCUCUGAAACUGAACCUCUUGGGGCUGGUUUUGCCUCUGUUGGUCAUGAUCGUCUGCUACACGGGCAUUAUAAACAUUCUGCUCAAACGACCAAACGAGAAGAAGUCCAAAGCCGUCCGUCUGAUUUUUGUCAUCAUGCUCAUCUUCUUCCUCUUUUGGACCCCCUACAAUCUGACUGUACUCAUUUCCGUUUUCCAAGACUUUGUGUUCAGCAAUCAGUGUCAGCAGAGCAGGCACCUGGACCUGGCCAUCCAGGUGACGGAGGUGAUCGCCUACACGCACUGCUGCGUCAACCCGGUGAUCUACGCCUUUGUCGGCGAGAGGUUCCGGAAGUACCUGCGCCAGCUGUUCCACAGGCACGUGACCGUGCACCUGUCUAAAUGGCUCCCCUCCCUCUCCACGGACAGGCUGGAGAGGGCCAGCUCCAUGUCCCCCUCCACAGGGGAGCAUGAACUCUCUGCCGGGUUCUGACUCAGCCCACAGGAAGCCGAUCCGGGACCCGGCGGGAGUGACCUGCCACGCAGAGCAGGAGAAGAGACAGCCUGGCUCUCCCAGCCAGAUUCUCGCACCUGGCACUGCAUGGAAUUGCAGCCACCUACGGUUGAGAGGGAGCUUAAAGGUGGCCUAGACUAAAUCACUUCUGGGGCUUCAGUUUUUCCAUGAACUUCUCCCUGGUGGCCAAAAGAUGAAUGAGCAAAAGGGGACAUUGCAGAGACUGGGACAAAGGGUGCCAGCGAAGGGCACCCAAGCAGGAUUGUAAAUUUGUGAGCAUCAACGUUUGUCAACAAAGCCACUGCAGGACCCAUCCCCGCCCCACCCUCACCACCCGUGAACUUGGAAAUAGUGAGUUCCACCGUGACUCCACCCUGAGCCCGGCAGCCAAUCAGUAGCCAGCAGCUCCUCCCUCCACCCCCACCCCAUCCACAGCAGGGUUUGGGGUCUCGGAAACCCUGGGGACCAUGGAACUCAUGAUGGAACAACUCGAGACCUAACGGGAAAUAGGAAUGGGGAACUAUUGUUGGCAGUGGAACUAAGAAAGCCCUUAGAGAGGAUUUUUAUAUUCACUAAAAUCAAAUAAAUCAGGCAGUGGGCUAAACACAGACCAUAUGAAUAACAUGUUGUACUUGUUGAAAUAGCCAUAAAGGGAAGGGACUCCUAAUUUCCAUUUACCGUUCUUUUCUUUCUGAAUUUUUUCCGAAUCUCUUUUCCCUGCAAGUUGGGUGAUGUGUAGGUAAAUUCUGAUUGCUUAAUGGCAGAAAUUAAUAACAGGCAAAAGGAAGUAGGGUUGAGCUUCUUUCUUCUGGCUCUCCAUCCAAGUGUUCUGGUUUAUGGAGCAAAGAGUUCUGACUGCCCCCUUGGACCUAUCAGCAACAAAUAACCUGUCGUGCAAGCUGGCUGUGUUUGGAGCUGACAGGGAGAAAGUAUCUACCAGGAGCACACCUAACCUUGCAGGAGCUGGGCGGGAGGACUCUAUCUUGCUGGAGGAGAUAGAGAGGGCCCUUAACUCAAAGUAGCUUAUUUAUCCAAAAUGUCCUCAAAACUUCAUCUCUAACCCAGGACCCCCUAUUUAUGUCUUUGUUCCCUUUUCUUCCCUG